CCAUGGACUUCAACACAAUCCUCUCCACCUGUGCUCUGCGCUGGCGCAACACCGGCGAAUCGCUUCAGGCGCGCUGGCUAGCUUUGCUCGAUGUCAUCGGGGACGAUCCGAUGCACUUGUGGGUGUUCGGCACCACAAUAAUCAUAUUUAUCGUCUAUUGGUUCUAUGCGGCCAUUUUUACGCUCAUGGACAUCACGAAUCGUCCGAAAUUUCUUCGCAAAUACAAAAUACAGCCGGGCCAGAAUGAGCCGCUGGAUCUUGGACGACUAUGGCGUGCCGUCAAAGUGGUGGUGUUUAACCUAACGGUGGUCAAUUUGACUAUAACCUGGUGCCUUUACGUACUGGUGAUCAAGCACUAUAAUAGCAUCGACGUACGUGAACUUCCAAGUUUUGGAAGCGCUGUGCGCGACUUUUUCGCCUUCGUGGUGCUGGAAGAGACCAUGUUCUACUAUGUGCACCGUUUGUUGCACCACAAAUCCGUCUACAAGUAUGUGCACAAGAAGCAUCAUGAGUGGACGGCACCCGUUGCGGCCAUGACUCUGUACGCGCAUCCUGUCGAACAUGUGCUGGCCAAUUUGGUCCCAGUGGGCAUAUCAUUGUCUUUACUGGGCUCACAUGUUCUUGUGGCUUGGGUCCUGACAUCGUUGGCCGUCAUCAACGCGAUGAGCGAUCAUACAGGCUACAGUUUUCCCUGGUCAGGUGGAUCUGUGCGCUUUCACGACUAUCAUCACGCCAAGUUCAAUUACAAUUAUGGCGUUACAGGCUGGCUGGAUAAGCUACAUGGCACCUACAGAGCUCCUUACGAGCAAAAGCAGCAACGGGGCAAACCAAAGUCCGUUAAGAUCAAGCGCAAGUCAAAAUAGUGGGAGUAUAUGCCACAAUAAGUAGUUAUUAUAUUAACGUUUUUCCCUUUUUUAAAUUGAAUAAAUUGUAACGUAGCCCUGCUUAUAAAUGCCUAUAAA